CCUUUCUAUAUAAACCACUAACCAGCAACACUCUUUGUCUUUCCCAUAUAACUAGCAACUCUUUCUCUCUAUAUAUUCCAACCACUCCAACCUUUCUUCAUUCUUAAAAAACUUCACAACAACAACAACUAAAAAAUGUCUCCAGAGUUUCAUCUUCUUCUUUUUCCAGACCUUAUUUACAUUCAGCCACUCACUCUCACUUUCCAAACUGCUCUUUGUUCCUUUCUCUUUGUUCUUGCUUUCCUUAUCUGGCUCACUCCUGGUGGGCUUGCUUGGGCUUUAUACAACAAAGCUUCAUCUUCAGCCCAUGCUGUUAUCCCAGGCCCAUCUUUCACUGGUUUCACUGGAGUUCUAUCUGGUAUAACACCACACCGUGUUUUAGCCAAACUUGCUAGGACUCACCGUGCUGAGUCAUUGAUGGCUUUUUCUGUUGGUCUAACCCGGUUCAUUGUUUCAAGUGAACCGGAAACUGCUAAGGAAAUCCUCUGCAGUUCUGCUUUUGGUGAUAGACCAGUUAAGGAAUCAGCUUAUGAGCUUUUAUUUCACAGAGCAAUGGGUUUUGCACCGUACGGUGAGUAUUGGAGGAAUCUGAGAAGGAUUUCAUCGACCCAUUUGUUUUGUCCUAGGAGGAUUAAUGGGUUUGAAGGUUUUAGGAGUGAGGUUGGUUUAAAAAUGGUGAAAAGAUUAAAUUUUUUGAUGGGUCAAAUGGGUAGUGUUGAGGUAAAAAAAGUUCUUCAUUUUGGAUCACUUAAUAAUGUAAUGAUGACUGUGUUUGGAAAAAGUUAUGAUUUUUUUGAAGGUGAUGGUGUUGAACUUGAAGAGUUGGUGAGUGAAGGGUAUGAGCUUUUGGGUAUUUUUAACUGGAGUGAUCAUUUUCCUCUUCUGGGUUGGUUGGAUUUGCAGGGUGUUAGAAAAAGGUGUAGAGUUUUGGUUACAAAAGUGAAUGCUUUUGUUGGUAAGAUCAUUGAAGAACAUAAAAUGAAGAGAAUAUUUGAAGGAAAAGCUUUAGUUGGUGAUUUUGUUGACGUUUUGCUUGAUUUAGAGGAAAAAGACAAACUUAGUGAUUCUGAUAUGAUUGCAGUUCUUUGGGAAAUGAUUUUUAGAGGAACAGACACAGUUGCUAUAUUGCUUGAAUGGAUUUUGGCUAGGAUGGUUCUUCAUCCAGAUAUACAAGCUAAAGCGCAAGAAGAAAUCGACCGCGUUAUCGGAGAUACAAAUUUUGUUACUGAUGCCGAUGUUCAGAACAUGCCAUACUUGCAAUGCAUUGUGAAAGAAGCAUUAAGGGUGCAUCCACCAGGACCACUUUUAUCAUGGGCACGUUUAUCAGUCCAUGAUGUUAUGGUAGGUAACAAAUUUGUUCCGAAAGGAACAACUGCUAUGGUGAACAUGUGGGCCAUAACACAUGAUGAAAAAGUGUGGAAUGAGCCAGAGGAGUUUAAGCCAGAGAGGUUUAUGAAUGAAGAUUUUAGUAUUAUGGGAUCUGAUUUAAGGUUAGCACCUUUUGGAGCUGGUAGAAGAGUUUGCCCUGGAAAAGCUAUGGGUUUAGCUUCUGUUCAUCUUUGGUUAGCUCAGUUACUUCAAAGCUUCAAAUGGGUUCCAUGUGAUGAUGAUUCAUCUGUUGAUUUGGAAGAAUGUCUUAAGCUUUCAAUGGAAAUGAAAAAACCACUUGUGUGCAAGGUUGUUCCUAGGACCUAGGACAUGGACCUAGACCUAGACCUAGGGCUAAUAUUAGUAGUAGUGUUUGAAUUUACUUAACUUUUGUGUGUUUUGUGGUGAAAGGAGAAAGUUGGUCAUGGAUCUUGUGGGGUUUGUUUACUUUUGCUAUGUUUGGCAAAAGAGUAGUAAUGCUAAGUAGUUAAUGUUUUCAUAGGCUUUUUCUAUUUUGAAUCUAAUUUUAAAUGCAAUUUAUGUUUGAUUGUGAACCGUUUAGGUUAAGUAGUUAAGAGGUUGGAGUGUCUUUAAUUUAUUUUGAGCCGUUGCUAAUUAAGUAGAUGUUUGGUCUAUUUAUGUCUUUCUCUAUCUACUAUCUUGUAAAUUGAUGCUUUUCAUUUCAUCUUCUAAUUAUAAUUAUGUUAUUAUCUUUCUAA